AUGGGUCGAAUAUACCAAUCUGCCGAGCUUGUUCUUGUCUGGCUCGGUGACUGCUCGUCAAAGUUAGCUCGAGGUCUUCCCAGCUUAGAAACACUCGCGAAGAAGACGCAAAAUGAACUACCGCCGCUGCCCAAGUUCAAGGGGCCUGGUGGGGAGUUGCAAGCGGCGGCCACGACUGCGGUAGAUCUUUCCUGUCGGCAAUGGUUCAAGCGGAUCUGGGUACUCCAAGAAUACCUUUUAGCAAGAAAAGUCAACUUCCUCUAUGGUAACAAUGAAGUUAGCUUGGGUGCCUUACUGACCGCUUGUAUAUGGGUAUCUCAUGACCCUGGUGCCGCAAUGACACCCGAGCUGCCAAUGAAGGCUGAAUUGAGAGAAGCCCUUGCCCACACUAAUGACAUCCCCAACUUCUUGUUAGCUCGCCAAGCCAUUGGUCAGGGCCGCAGGUUGACCCUCCGCGAAUGGCUUCGGGCAUGUCGAAGGCGCUAUGCUAAAGAUCCCAGAGAUUUUGUGUUUGGCGGCCUAUCUCUGAUUUGCCCUGAGUCAUUGAAGAUAGACUAUCAGCGCCUUCAGCUGGGAGAUUAUCCAUGCGUUGAAACUCAGGCGCCGAUACUCCCUCCUAGGGCGGGUAUACACUCUCAGAAAGACAAUCGAUUCACUGCGGAACAUCCCACUGCCACAUUUAAAGGCCCAACAUCAUCAUCACUUAUACCUGGGGGUCUAUGGGAUUUUCUCAGGGCUGACUAUGCGGCCAGCGAAGUCGAGGUACUUAUCAAUGUUGCAGCGUGCCUGCUUUCCCAGAAAGAGCAGCACACCCUCGAUCUGCUUUCUAUUGCGGCUCGUAGGCCGUGGGAUGACUUUGACGCUGACGUACGCAAUUGGUUCUGGCCUCGCGCUCAUCCUAUUCUCCCAUCUUGGGUCCCAGCUUUGGGUUCCAGGGGUCAGAAGCAUCGGAUCAUGCUGGUACAACCUUUGCAGCUGGUAUAUUAG